AUGGCAGCACGAAACACUCUCCGUCGCUCCCUGCUCUACAUUCCCGGCUCCUCGCAGCGCUUCAUCGACAAAUCCCGCAGUCUGACCGCCGACUGCGUGGCCUACGACCUCGAAGACAGCGUCACUCCGCACAAGAAAGCGGAAGCCCGGUCGCUGGUGCGGAGAGCCCUCGAGCUGCCUUCGACGCAGGGGAUCCGCGAGCGCGCCGUCCGCAUCAACUCGGUCGAUAGCGGGUUGGCGUUGGCGGAUCUGACGGAGGUGCUCCAAUCCCCCAACCUCAACACAAUCGUGAUCCCCAAAGUCAACUCCCCCUCAGACCUAACCUUCGUAGCGGACGUCAUCACCCACACCCUCGCCCAACAACAACAAACAACCAACACCCCCCGACCCCCAAUCUCGCUCCUCGCACUCAUCGAAUCCGCAAAAUCCCUCACAAACCUCACCCAAAUCACAUCCGCCUCACCCCUCCUGCAAGGCCUAAUCUUCGCCGCCGAAGACUUCGCCCUGGACCUCAGUCUCACGCGCACGCCGCCCCUCACGGAGUUCCUGUUCGCGCGAUCCAGCAUCGCGACGGCCGCAAGGGCAGCGAACCUCCCCUCGACGAUUGAUCUGGUUUGCACGGCGUAUAAAGCGCAAGGGGACGAUGCGGCUAGGAUCUUAGAGGAGGAGUGCAGGGGCGGGAAGCAGCUGGGGUUCAAUGGGAAGCAGUGCAUUCAUCCGUCGCAGGUGGCGACGGCGGAGAGGGUGUUUGGGCCCGAGGUGGGGGAGGUGACGUGGGCUGUGAGGGUUGUGAUUGCGGAUGAGAAGGCGGCGAGGAGUGGGAGGGGGGCGUGGACGUUGGAUGGGAAGAUGAUUGAUGUGCCGGUGGCGGAGAAGGCGAGGGCGAUUGUGAGGAAGGCGGAGGAGUGUGGGUUUGAGGUUGGGAAGUUGAGGGAGGAGUGGAAGGGGCAGGAGCCGGAGUAG